AUGGCUCCGAGCUUUCUGAGUCUCAGGGAGCUUCGCCGCCGCUCCAAAGCCAGCUUCCGCACCGACAACUCUACCGAUGGAUCCAGCGAUGGCGUCGUGAGCCAGCAGACGUCGCCCUCGAGCGGCUCCGUCACCCCUCCGUCCAUUGCGCAGCAGUCGGAUCCCUCUCUUGAUCUUUUGGUCAAGAAUAACAGCCCCAACCCACAGCUACAGCCGCAGCAACCGCCGUUGACCCGUCCCAUGCUUGUGCCUGGUGCCAAUGGAAGCCGAUACAGCGUUUCGGGCAUGUCUGGCCUCGGGUCGCCCUCCAUCAAUGGCAAGAACAGCAUACCACUAUCAAAGUAUGCCCCGCGGGUGCAUAAUGUAGCGGAAAACUCGUGGGUGUAUCAAAAGACGCUCCUGAUAUACGGUACAAUUGGAGAGCCAGACUCGCCGCCGAUCAAUGGCAAUGUUGUCGUCAGCCGGUAUGACGACGCGUUCCCGCCUAUUAGCUGGCCCGUAUGCGAGUCGAAUUUCAAGGCUCUAAUUUACCUCCAACCCGGUCCAAACAAGUUUCGUCUUGACUUCUCAAGCCCCAAGCUGGUCAACAGCUCGUCCUCGAACCCCAUCCACGCCUCCUACAUUACCUUGCAUAUGCUUCCGACAAUGAACGCACCGCCGCUGCAACUAGCAAUUCUUUUGGGCAAGGACUCGCCGGCAACUUUCGAUGCUGCCCCAGCAAGGGCGGAACGGGAGGGCAACGGUCUAGAGACUGCCAUAAGGAAGUUUCGCAUGGCAGCAUAUCUGUGGCAGGCCUUCACUGCCGAGCAGAUGUGGCGCCACCGAUUGGGCCGGCGAGCGUUCCGGUUUGAGGAGGAGUGGACGCUGGGAUCCUCCAACUACCGCGACAGGGAGCACGGCAUCAUGCGAUCCGAGGCGCGCGUUCACGUCAUCCGCUCUGACAAGACGGUAGCCGAGUUGCGGGACUUGAACAGGGCACAGCAAAACUCCAAGGCCACCGAUAAGGAUGCCCUCUUCGGCAUCGCCGCCGAUGCCGUCAAAAACUACUUCAACCCGCUUCCUGGACAGAAGCACUACGUCUCCGUCUUGCUGCUCGACUCGCACUGGGACGCGGACGCGCAGACCAUCACGGGUCAUGCCGCCCUCGGCGGCAAUUCGGGAGACUUACAGCUCGCGAUUUUUGGCUCGCAUUGCCUGCAGAGUUACCCGACCAGCUUCGAAGAGGUGGUGCCCGCAUUCACCGACUGCACGCCAACUGACACCAAUUACGUUGCCAACGAUUGCAACGAUGCGGGAAGCUCGUGGGAAGCCGCCAACAUCGGCAUUGGCGCGCACCUGCACGAGACGGGCCAUUUAUUCGGCUGUCCGCAUCAGGAAUCUGGCAUCAUGCUCCGAGAUUAUGUUGUUUUCAACAGGACGUUUGUUCCGCGCGAGGCGUACUCGACAAGGACCAAGUCGAAGGGUGGCCUUGCCCUGCAAGAGGAUGAGUGCGGCUGGCAUCGCCUGGACGUACUCCGAUUUCGCGCUCACCCGGCCUUCCGCCUGCCAAGCGAUCCGCCCACGAAUCCAGACGAGAGUGUGCAAGCGUUUGCAACAGAGGGUGGCGGCAUUCUGGCCACGGCAGCAACAGGCAUCACCUUUGUGGAACUGUUUGCUGAGGGGGAGGAUGUCUGUCACGCGUGGAUCGAGUUCCCAACAGACAGCUCACCGAUUCAGCGGCAAGUCUCGCUUCAUGAGCAGGACUUGAAGGCAAGACUACCGGAAGCCAAGCGAAAAGGGCGCCUUAGCAUAUCGAUCAAGUCUCACGGCGGUGGUUCACUGACGAUAGACGACGUCCAGGCCUUUACGAGUAAAAAGGCCUUCGUCAAGCUUGGAAAUGGGAAGCUGGCUUCCAGGAGCCUCAAGCUGGGCCAGUCUAAGAUGGAAGGCAGUAAGGAAGGUGAAGUGAUCUUUACAAGCGCCAUCAAGCAGGAAAGGGUCAUGUCUCGAGUUAUCGUCUACCACGGCUCAGCCCUUGACGGCCUGGAGUUUAUUUACGAUGACGACUCGAGGCAGCUCUUUGGAAAUCGUGGCGGAAAGGAGGGCGGCGAUGUUGUCGAUUUCGACCUUCGGCGUGGUGAAUACCUGAGCGGCUUCAUCGUCCGAGCGGGCUUCUGGGUCGACGGCAUACAAAUUUUGACGAGCCUUGGACGAAAGUCAGUCAUGUUUGGCAAUGCUCAUGGUGGUUCUGCCCACACCUUGAUACCCCCCCGUGGAUAUUCCAUAUGUGGCGUUUCCGGCUCAUGCGGGCCGUGGGUGGACGGCUUCUCCGCCCUGAUUAAACGCUGA